AUGGGCACGGACGGCGGCAGCGCCAGCGCCCGGCUCCUGCUGGAGCAGGCGACCACACUCAACCUGCAGACGGGCAACCUGCUCAACUGGGGCCGCCUGCGCAAGAAGUGCCCAGCCAGCCCCGCCGAGGAGAUACGGGACUGCAUUCAAAACACACUGAAUGAAUGGAGCUUGAAGAUCAGUCCUGACCUAAAUCAGGAAAAGCCAGAAGUCCUAGAAUGUACUGUAGCUCAAGCAAUGGAAAAGAUAAAUCCCGAAGAAAGGGAAGAAUUGAAAGUGUCAGCAAAACUCUUCACUGUAGGGUCGAACUCAUCAUCAAUCAGAGAUGCAGUUAACAUGGCAUGCUCUGCCCUUGGGGUUGCCCAGUUAGAUUCUGUGAUUAUUGCUUCACCUCCUAUUGAAGAUGGAAUCAACCUUUCCCUAGAAUAUUUACAACCUUACUGGCAAGAACUUGAAAACUUAGUGCAAAAUGAAAAGAUUGUUGCCAUAGGUACCUCUGAUCUAGAUAAAACAUUGCUAGAGCAGCUGUACCUUUGGGCACAGGUGAAACCAAGUAGUAACCAGGUAAAUCUAGCUUCUUGCUGCGUGAUGCCACCUGACCUCACAGCAUUUGCAAAAGAGUUUGACAUACAGCUGUUAACUCAUAAUGAUCCAAAAGAGCUGCUUUGUGAAGCAAGUUUCCAAGAAGCUCUUCAAGAAAGUAUCCAGAACAGUCGAGCACAUGAAUGGACUCCCUUGUGGCUUCUCCGGUAUUCUGUCAUUGUUAAAAGCAGAGGAAUUAUCAAAUCCAAAGGCUAUAUCUUGCAAGCUAAAAGAAAUCUUUCUUCAUAAUGUAUUGCCUUUUGACAGCAGUCUGCUGUCUUAGUGCUUUGGACGUUUUCAUGAAGAGUUUAACAGAGGUGAAAAUCAUCACAAGACCAAAAGUUUUAAUUUGCAGUGCUGUAUCAGUAAGUCCAAGGCAUAUCAUACACUGUAUGUACAUUUCUUUCCUAAUCUAGAGAUCAAUUCACUAAUGUAUGAAAUGCUUUUGUUUUACAUUAAACUGUUGUUUUCUAAUUGAAA